AGGGGGUGGAGAUACUAGUCAGAGCAGGGAGGAAGAGGGGCGCCUUUGGGAACGGUCCCCAUUUUAAGAACGAGCCCAACGUGACCCUAAAACAUGAACCCCAUAAAGGCAAACGUAACGGUUGUUCCUUCAUUUUGGGUUUAGGGAGAAAAGGUGAGGGAGGGGAUCCAUGAAAAUACACCAUAGAAGAGGCUGUUUUUAAGCUCAUGUCAACAUCAAAGAUUUCAUGGCUGCUUAGGCUGUGCUUUUGUUUCAUCGACGCACAACCUUCCAGUCUUCAGGCUGACGACGGUGGGAAACUCAAGGUUUCUUUCAUGACUAGAAAAACAAAAGUUGAAAACCAGCUUUUCCUUUCCCCAUCACCUGUUUUCCAUCUUUUUCUGGCCCAAGGUUGAUUUUUCUAUUGAAAGCAUUGGUGACAGCCUCGAUUGAUAAUAUCCUAUUAUCAGUAUGGCAGAUGACAAUGAAGAAUUGCCAGCAGAGGAAGAUCUGCCUGAAUCAGAGGAAAAUUUGGAACAGCUGAACAUGGGCAGCCCACCUGAACGGAGUGGUCAUGUGGCUGUUACUGAUGGAAAAUGCAUGUUUGUUUGGGGCGGAUAUAAGAAUGCUCAAGUGAGGGGCAUUUAUGACUUCUAUCUGCCAAGAGAUGAAAUCUGGAUCUAUAACAUGGAAACUGAACGAUGGACAAAACACAGAACCACGGGAGAUGUGCCUCCAUCUAUGUCAGGAAGCUGUGCUGUCUGCAUGGACAGGGUUUUUUAUCUGUUCGGAGGGCAUCAUGAUUGUGGCAACACAAAUAAGUUCUACAUGCUAAAUUCCAGAUCAAAUGACGGAGUGUUGCAGUGGGUCAGAGUGGACUGCCAGGGUAUUCCUCCAUCAUCAAAAGACAAGCUCGGAGUAUGGGUUUAUAGAAAUAAGCUUAUAUUCUUUGGUGGCUAUGGCUAUUACCCUGAUGUGGAGCAGAUUGGAACCUUUGAGUUUGAUGAAACCUCUUUUUGGAAUUCAGGUCUUCCCAGAGGGUGGAACAAUCACGUACAUGUCCUAGAUACGGAGUCAUUUACUUGGAGCCAGCCUGUGACUACGGGUAAAUCACCAUCACCCCGAGCAGCCCAUGCAUGUGCUACAGUUGGAAACAGAGGAUAUGUCUUUGGAGGCAGAUAUCGAGAAUCUAGAAUGAAUGAUCUUUAUUUUCUUAAUCUGGAAACAUGGGAAUGGCAGGAGAUAGUUGUGCAAGGCAUUUGCCCUGUUGGACGAUCUUGGCAUUCUUUAACCACCAUUUCCUCAGAUCAUCUCUUCCUCUUUGGUGGCUUCACAACUGACAAGCAGCCACUCAGUGAUGCCUGGAUCUAUUGCAUCAGUAAAAAUGAAUGGAUACAGUUUGAACACAACUAUUUAGAGAAACCCCGACUCUGGCACACUGCUUGUGCAAGCGAUGAGGGAGAAGUGAUCGUCUUUGGGGGCUGUGCCAGCAAUUUACUUGCCCAUCACAAAGCAGCACAUAGUAAUGAGAUACUUGUGUUUUCUCUUCAACCCAAAUCCCUGGCAAGAUUGUGUUUAGAGACUGUUAUGUGCUUCAAAGAAAUCCUGGCCAAUUCCUGGCACUGCCUUCCCAAGCACCUGCUCCACAGACUCAACCAGCGCUUUGGUAGUAACAACACAUCUGGAUCAUAGGGAGAAUCUUCACUGGUCAUACUGUAUAUAGAUGGCCUUUCUAUAAAAAGAUGUAAUAAGUUUACCAUCCCUGAAUGACAAAAUGAAAUUUGUAUAGAUUAAAUGUUCUUGUGUUGUAAGUAGUGGCCACGUUGCUUUGAUGUCUUUUGCCUGCAUGUGAAUAGCUUAGAAAGAGAACCUAUUUUUGUGUAAAAUUUGGUUGCAAUAAAUGAUGUUAUUUAAUGCAA